GUACUCGUUUUUGAUAGGUUAAAGGAGUGGAGAGAGAGAGAGGGGGGGUGGGGGAGGGGGGGGGACCAAAUAAAAAUAAAUAAAAAAUAAACAUUUACGUGUGUGACGAAGAGAAGCGCGCGAGGGAGGUGCUCUGCUGCAGCUCACGAGCCUCCUCUUCGCAUCAGUUGAUCACGACCGCAUCACCGGGGACCGAAAGAGGACCGAAAGAGGACCGAAAGAGGACCGAAAGAGGACCGAAAGAGGACCGUGAGAUCCUGGACUUCAGGGCUUUAAACGCGUGAUCUCCAUCGGCGGCGAGAGGGGCUGGAGGACGUUGUUCCGGCACCACGGACAGCGCCUAGUUCCAGGGGUGUUUCUUUUCCUGCAGCGGAGAGCGCCGGCGGGCGGGGUCCAGCGAAGCUCUUCUUCUUCUUCUUUUUCAACCACCACCUGAAGAUCCGUUUGCUGCACCCUCGUCAAGGACGUCAGAAGAUGGAAGGACAGAAGCAGGAGAAGCAGGUGACCGGUUACCUCCUGUUCUCGCUCUGCACCGCCGUCAUCGGCUCGCUGCAGUUCGGCUACAACACGGGAGUCAUCAACGCCCCGGAGCAGAAACUCCGAUCCUUCUUCAACGACACCUGGGUGGAGCGCUAUGGGACCCCCAUCAGCCCGGGGGUCUGCACCAUCGUGUGGAGCGUCUCCGUCGCCAUCUUCAGCGUGGGCGGCAUGGUGGGCUCCUUCAGCGUGGGCGUCAUGGCAAACCGGUUCGGCAGGCGUCGCUCCAUGUUCCUGGUGAACUCCCUGGCGGUGAUCGGCGGCCUCCUCAUGGGCUUCUCCACCAUCUGCUCCUCCUACGAGAUGGUGAUCGCCGGCCGCCUGGUCAUCGGCCUGUUCUGCGGCCUCUUCACGGGCCUGACCCCCAUGUACGUGGGGGAGGUGUCGCCUACGCCCCUCCGCGGGGCCUUCGGCACCCUCCACCAGCUCGGGGUGGUGGUUGGCAUCCUGAUCGCUCAGGUCUUCGGGCUGGAGGCCCUGCUGGGCUCGGCCAAGCUGUGGCCCCUGCUGCUGGCCCUCACCGUGGCCCCGGCCGUGCUGCAGUGCAUCCUGCUGCCCUUCUGUCCGGAGAGCCCUCGCUUCCUGCUCAUCAACCUGAAGCAGGAGGAGCAGGCACGCAAAGCGCUGGUGCGCCUGCGCGGCAGCGAAGACGUGAGCAAAGAUAUGCAGGAGAUGAAGGAGGAGAGCGCCAAGAUGGCCAUGGAGAAGAAGGUGACCAUCCUGGAGCUCUUCCGCUCGCCGGCAUACCGGCAGCCGCUGCUCAUCGCCGUCAUGCUGCAGCUCUCCCAGCAGCUGUCGGGCAUCAACGCUGUGUUCUACUACUCGACCGGCAUCUUCAAGUCGGCCGGUGUGAAGCAGCCCAUCUACGCCACCAUCGGCGCCGGCGUCGUCAACACCGUCUUCACCGUCGUUUCCCUCUUCCUGGUGGAGAAGGCGGGACGAAGGACCCUGCACCUCGUGGGAUUGGGCGGAAUGGCCAUCAGCGCUCUGCUCAUGACCAUCUCCCUCCUGCUGAAAGACAUCCCCGUCAUGAGCUACAUGGCCAUCAUCGCCGUCAUGAUGUUCGUGGCCAUGUUUGAGAUGGGCCCCGGCCCCAUCCCGUGGUUCAUUGUGGCCGAGCUGUUCUCCCAGGGGCCCCGGCCCGCCGCCAUGGCUGUGGCCGGCUGCUGCAACUGGACGGCCAACUUCCUGGUUGGAAUGAGCUUCCCCAAACUAGUGGAGUGGUGCGGGCCUUGGGUCUUCCUCAUCUUCAUGGCCUUCCUCAUCUUCUUCUUCAUCUUCACCUACCUCAAAGUCCCCGAGACGAGGGGCAAGACCUUCGACGAGAUCGCCCGCAGCUUCGGCGGCGACGGCGGCGGCGGCCUCACCUCCUCGUCCGUCGAGGACCCUCCGGCCAGCGCCAGCACCGCCACGACGCUCCCCGCCUCCCCGGUGAAGGAGAAGGUCCCGCUGGUGUCGGCGGCGGCGGUGGCUCCGCCUCCCGCCUCUGAAAGCACGCCCCUCCAGGAAAAAGCCAAAUCCUCGGCGAAUGAGAGUGUAGAGCUGUAGAUUGACUUUUAAUGGGCGAAAGGGGGGUUUUAAAAGCAGGAAGAAGAAACACAGAUUUCAAUAUAAACUAUAUAACUGUAUAAUAGUUCUAUACCGAACACCACAGCAUCAUCGGCGUAGGCUUUGACCUUUUAAAAGGUCACGCUUCUCUGCCUUCGCGGUAGCUCCUUUAGAUUCUGAUUCAUCUUCCUUCUUUUAAAGCUCUCGCUGUACACCAGGACAGAUGUGACCUACUGUACAUUCCUAGGAUUUAAACGUGUGUUUUUAAAAAGAAGGGAAGGAGUGCUCCUACCGGGCGUAAAGGUGCCGGUGAAGCGUCCUCCCAAACCGCCGUUUUAGUGAGUAUUGUAGAGGAAUAUAACUUCGUAGUUUUCAUCUCGUGAUAUUCGAUUAUUCGUUCAUUCUCGAUGUUUUUUUUAAGUGUUCUCAAAUCACAAGUCUAAGAAAAAACAUGGCUGUUCACGAUGAGCUUUUUAGCGAUGCCAAAGUACCGAACUCUCAAAAUGUGUUUUCCUCUGGUGGUUAAAUUCAGGGUGAGGAAUUAGCAGCAGACCCCGGCAUCAGGUUUAUUUCUAUACAUUUUUUUUGGGAUGUUUAAUGCAUGUAAUCCACAAGUUCCUUCAACUUUAUUUGGAGUAAGGCCGCCCCGUGCUUCUCGUUUUUAUUUUAAUGUCCUGCUUGUUCGUUGAGGAAGUUCAGUUCUACAUUUAUUUAUUUAUUUAUUUUAAAUUGGUUUAAUUUCUAAUUUCUAAUAUAUAGAGGAAAAAAAAGAUAUGUGUUGUUAAAUCUCGUGGAUUGUUGCUAGGCGACGAUGUCAAAUAUGCGUUGAACUGUUUUAACCACGUAGAUGACGGUAGGGUAACGUGCAAUACACACAUUUUAUUUUGUCGACGAAAAAAAGUAUAUUAUUACCGUAGGAAAUAGAUUUUUGUAUAAAGUAUAUAAUCGUAACACACUCGCGCUAAUGAGGAAAUUGUGAAGACGCCAACGCGGCAGCCACAAAUGUAUUUUACCUGAGAUCCGGCGUACACCUGCCUCAUGCUGCGUUCACACCAAACGCGUUGCGAAUGUUUUCCACCCAUGCAAAGUCAAUGCACAGACGCGAAUGGUUGCAAAUUUGGAAAAUGUUCAACUUUGGAGAAAAUUUCGCCUGACGUUGUCAAUCAGCGUUGAGAAGCUCCGCCCCCCCCUGGCUGCUGCUGCUCGAGUAGCGCUGGAAGCGGAAAUUAUCGAGACGUAGUCGGUGAAAUUCCCCGAGCUGUGUGAGCCUACGGGUGAUGUUAUGAACCCAGACACCAGGGCGUUAGAUGUUCCGACGUUUAUGGGAUGUCCACAACAAGUUUCAAGCAGAACUAGUGGUUAUUUCUUCCGUGGUGGACGGCGGAAAUAACUUUACGGAGGCAAGCCACGGAGAUAAGCCACGGCCCCUUUUUCGCGAAUGAUUGCGAAUGACGUGAAUGAACACAACUAGUCGGACGAGUAAACUGACGCGAGUAAAGUGUUGCGAAUAUUCGCAACGCGUUGGGUGUGAACGCAGCAUUAGAGGGAGGAGUAGUAUAACAUGUGCAAUCGAGAGGAAGAGAGGGACCGAAGGGAAGUAAGCUAAUAUAUAUAUUUAAUGGAGGACCAGCGUGAUUUAUGAUUCACACGGGGAGAAACGGAGACGACGACAACCAAAAAGUGUGUCCGCGACGUUGAUGAUACCUGACAGUCGUUUGUUUGUUUGUUUGUUUGUUUGUUUGUUGAUCGUAAACGAGGAGUGUCGUUCGUCACCCUUUAAAUGAAGGACCUUCGUAAAUGUUCAACGCACCUUGAAUUUAACAGGUUAAGAGUUCAGUUUAGGUUUUCAUCUUUCAAAAAAUGAACAUUUUGGUGUGAAAAUCUCAGAUGUGCUGACUUAUUCGUGUGUUGUGAGGAGUUUAAAACAUUUAAUGCCCAAACGCACUGAAAGCUACUUUUUAAGACUUAUCCCAACAUGGAAAUACCUAUUUACAUAUUAAUGCUGGAAGGCAUUGUGAUCCUGUCUCUGAAUAAUGAUAAAAUACGUAAAAUUUUUUCAUUUUUUUGAGAUUCUAAGUGUUUAGUUUAAAAAAAAUAAUUCGUCAAAAAUAUUGAUGACUUUUUCAUUUUUUUGACAUAUUUUUUAAAAUAUAUGUUGUCAAAAAUAUUUAUAGCUUUUUUUUAAUUCGAGCUAUUUUGUUAUUAUUUUUAAUAGAUAUUUAAUCGAAAUAAAUUAGAUUCUAAGUGAUUGUUUCAGGUAUUAAGUUAAAAUAUUGAUAACGUUUUUAAUUAUUUUGAGCUACUAUGUGAUUAUUUUGAGUGUUCAAAAUAUUGAUGAAGUUGUUCAUUAUUUUAAGAUAUUAAGUGAUUAUUUUAAAGUAUUUGAGUUUCUCAUCAUUUGAAAAAUACAUCCAUGUGAAUUGAAUAGUAUUGCGUCACAAUCGGAGGCUUCCGGUGCGUUUGGGUCCGAACCGUCGGCCAUGUUGUCUUCACGUAUUCACCACCAACAGUGUGUGUUUGUUUGGUGUGUAACGUGUAACACAAAGUAUAUUUUAUAUAUUCUGCAGUGACUGUAGUGGUGAAAAUAGCUUAUUAAUUUAAUAUACGUUGUUAUUUAUUCAUUGGGCUUCGCUGGCAACAUUGUUGCCUUGUUUUAAAACGCCGAUUGAAAAUAGUUUUCACUUGUUUUUUGAGAAAUGUAUUUCCCACAGUGGGGGGAGGGGUGGGGGGGGGGGGGGGUUAUUAUGGGAGUCAUGGCGUCCUUGUGUGUGUGUGCUGUAUCUGUGCAUGAAGCCUCCUGCUGGUGUUCAGUGUUGCUCCUCGCUUCUUUAUGCACACGUGCAGAACUCAAAACGCUCCACUUCCCCGAUACAAAGACAGGAGAUUAUUCCUUUGCACAUAUGUAUUAAAAAGAAAAGAAAAAAAAGUGUAGUAUUUAUAUGUUGACCUGCAUGGUCACACGUGUGCGUGUGUGCGUGUGUGUGUGUGUGCGUGUGUGUGUCGCUUCUGUCUCCUCUCACAUCUUAGACUACACACUCAGAGCGGGUAGAUUUAUAUAUUUUUUUAAAUCCCAAAAAGUCGUUGUAUUCCACAGGCUGACGACGUGACCUUUUGACCUUUUGACUCGACCCUGAAUUUAAAUACCUAUCCGCCUUCAUCUUCUUCCGCCGUUGCAAAAGCUUCUGCAUCUCGACCCGGCUCUGGUUUAAAAAAAAAAUGAACCCCGUUGUCUCGUCUCCCAAUCGACGCGCUUCGGUUGUGCGAUCGUUGUCUUUGUGUCAUUUGUCGGUCGCGGCGUUGUCGUUGUGUGCGCACAUGUUUUCGGGGGUAUCGUUACUGUAAGUCUGCUAUUUGUGCCUCACUGCAGCUCACAGACUGUUAUUCACUGUGUGUGUGUGACCGGUGCUGUGACUUUACACACAAACAACCACACACUCUGGUACCUUCAGGAUGUGCUAACGUGACUCUGCUGAUGACUUCUGGGGGAUUUAACUGUGGAAUAUUCAGGCUUCAUGAACACGUUUCUCUGUUUCUGUCUCACCUGUGUUUGUAUUGUACAUAGCGGAUAUGAUGUUGUUCAAUAAACAAAAUAUUCAUCACGUCA